ACUUUUGAUUUUAUUUGGGAACCCGCCGCCCUCUUUCCGUCAAAACCACCAGUGAGAAGCACACCUCUACCGGAUCUUCGCCGCUAAUCAUUUUCUCCAUUUGGUAAUGCACACGAUAUCGAGAUGAGUUCAAAGGUUCAACCAGUAUCUGGAAUGGAGGAUAAUGGUCAGGCUGAUGUAACUAGUAGUGCAUCUGUAUCGUCAACUGUGAGACCUAAGGUUUCUUUGUUUGCGAAGAAAUCUGGUUUUGUAAUACCAAAGAACAAAUUAUCUGGUUCCUUGGUCCCCAUUUUUCGAGCCAGUAAAAAGCUAGCUGGCGAUGACGUGGAGAGUAAAGAAAGUAGUAAACAGGUGUUGAGGAAAACCAAAUGGGGUCCUGAUUUGACGCAGGAUUCUUUUGUUAGAAAGGGAAGAGCUUCUGCAUAUCAGACUAGAUUGGAUCAAAUUACGCAACAACUCAAAUCAGGAGUUAUGGAGGCUAGGGAUGAUCAUAAUUCACCAGCGUCUCGAGAGUCGUCAGAUUACCAAAGUGUUAAGAAAGCUGAGUUGGAACUGGAAAGACGUGAGGUUAUAGGAGAAAUACUGAAGCUGAAUUCAAAGUACAAGGCUCCGGCAGAUUACAAGCCAUUGUUAAAAGAGGAGAAAGUUGCAAUUCCAAUCAAAGAAUAUCCUGGACGAAAUUUUGUGGGCCUGAUAUUUGGUCCUGCGGGUGAUACUCAAAAGCGAUUAGAAAUGGAAACCGGGGCAAAAAUACGAGUUUAUUUUGCGAAAUCUGAUACAAAGGAAGAGAGUGAGAUAACUUCUUCUGAUUGCAAUGAAGCUCAUGAUGAUUACGAUGAGUUGUAUGUUAUUGUGACUGCUGAAACUUACGAGAAAGUCGAUGCUGCAGUUUCUCUGAUCGAGUUGUUGGUCACACCUGUUUUAGCAAACACUGUAGCUGUUUCUACAAAUGAUCCAGUUUCUAAAGAUAAUGUAAAUGCUGACACAUCUGUGAUCAUAAACUACGGAGUGACUCAAUCUACAGGGUCUGGAUCAGCAUCACCUUUAGCCCGGUUUCAACCAUAUCUAAACCAUUGGGUUCCAACAGGUGAAUCUUCAGGGUUCAAAGCACCACCCUAUUCAAGCUUAUCAACUCUAACGCAAGCAUCAACCCCGUUAAAGUCUGCGGCUAUGCCAUCAUCGUUUGGUCCACACGAUCUUAUGCCUGGACCACAUGGUUCGGCUCCCCACAAUCAAAUGACGAUGGUUCGACACCCACACAUGCUUCAGUUGCCAAAUAUGGGUUAUUCUGGUCCACCUAGGAAUCCUUCUUUGCCACAGUUGCAGGUUUCAUCUAGUCAACCUAAUUUAUCAACCCCGCCGUUUACUCCAACUGGAUCAAACCAGAAUAUGCGGCCAUUGGGGCCCCCAAUUCCUAGACCUAGUCUUCCUUCUACUGGUUGGUCACAGCCACCCUCUGGCUCUCCUGGAACUUUAGGUCCAAACAUGCCGCAUAUUAUGCAACCAACGGUUCGUUCCCAGGUACCACAAUUUCGUCCAUCCUCCUCUGUGUCUCCUGGUGCGCCUCCCCCACCCAUUGGUCCUCAGACUGUUGCACCCAAUCCAGGACCCGGUUCAUGGUUCCCAUCAUCUACAUCCACAUCAAUACUGUCUCCAUCCAUAAGGGCAUCAUCCUUAACGGCCUUAAGACCACAACAACCCAUUUCUAAUGAUUUUACUUUUCAAAGCCACCGUGCACAAAACCCCACCGGUCAUCAGUUCAGGCCUUCCCAGAACCCACAAGGGCAUGCACCUCAAGCACCAUCAUUUCGGCCAGGAAUUAACAAUCAGGGUACACAGUCUAUCUUGCAAGGUUUCCAUAGGACACAAAAUAGUCAUCAAAUGGGUCAGCAUCAAGGAUCAUCAACUAUGCUUCCACCUAUAGAACGACAGCCAGUUUUUCAUGGGCAUGGUCCACGACCACCACCCAACCAUAUGGGUUCUAGACAGUUCGGUCCGGGUCCAGGUUCCCCAGCCGGGACUUUUCCACCCAGGCCUGGGCAAGCUCAGCAAAAUCAUUCAUCCAUGGGAUUUCGACCUCAAAACUUGGCUCCUAUGAAUCAGCAUUUCCGUGGCAAUGCCCCCUAUUCUAUGGGCAGGCUGCAAGGUUCUAACUUAUCUGUACGUCAACAGGUGUAUGAUCCAUUUUCCCCGACUGCUGUGCCAUCUAAGCCUAACCUUCAGAGUUCAAGAAAACAAGAUAGUGAUCCCGAGUAUGAUGACCUGAUGGCAUCUGUUGGAGUGAAAUGAUACUCAUUGGUAAACAUUUGUAAAGACACUUCAUCAGAUGACAGUUCUUUGACUUGAAUUGUAAUAUUUAAGACAGAGAGAUAAGCUAGAAGCCAAGAUCUUUACUAUCCACAAAUAUAUUUUACUUGCACAUUGUGUUGGGAGUGCAAAUGCUUUUCUAGUCUUGUUGUUUUUAAAACUUUGAGUGUCUGUUGACCAGCUAAUGUGAAUCUUUAGGAUUAUGGUGUUA